GAGGGAGGGGGGGUGUUUAGCUAGGUGGAAGCCUCGGUGCCUCCUCGUGGGGAGCUCUCAUGACUGAUGACGUCCUCUGAAUCGCUCUCAAGGAGAACUGCACGUCGACGAAAACAAACCCUGUACAGCUUCCAGGCGCUUUCCCUGCACGGCCAGAGAAGGAGGUGUUUGUUUGGACGAGCGGGUGAUGAGGUUGAAGGUCGGUGGUAAUGCUGGUGGUACUGCUGUCGCUUUUUUAUCGUAGUUAUUUAAUGAAUUGGAGCCUUGUCCCAGGCUGCUGGGAUGCUCGGUGAAGGCGCAGACAAAACAGUCUCACCUCCAUGUCUGCAUCCUCAUCCCUGGACACCCCACCGACAGAUUGAGGACGGACGGCAGGAGCGAGCUGAGGAGCUGGGAGACAUGCUGGGGAGCGCUGGACUAAUCUGGGACGAGAAGCUGCACCUGCGGGUCGUGUGAAGAAUUGUAAAGGGUAUACAGGGUGGAGGGGGGACUAGUCGUGCUGUUUGGACUCGUUAACGCGGCUCGACUAAGGCCACGAAUGGGGUGAAGGAGGGAGCCGGAGCAGAGGGAGCUCUGGCCGGGGAAAAUGCAGGAGGCAACGGGGGAAGGAGAGGAGCCCAUCCUGAACGGGGCUGCACGGGAGGAGCAGCGUCCAGUAAAGCAGUCCUUGGCCAGUUCUCUGUGUCGGGAGUCUCACUGGAAGUGUCUGCUCCUCACGCUGCUUAUGUAUGGCUGCUUUGGAACGCUGGCCUGGUGUGGGAUAUGCAAGGUUCCAGUCUUUGUCCCAGCAGAGCCUGCAGCAGCAGUCAUGGAGCCUGGGGACCCAUCCACAACUUCAACUGCUGCUAUUGCCUACAGCCCUGACGAGCCGGCUCUAGACAGUCCCUGCUCAAGCGGCUAUGUCUACAUUCCUUUGGCCUUCCUGGCCAUGCUGUAUGUGGUCUACUUGGUGGAGUGCUGGCACUGCUACUCCAAGACUGCCAUGCUGGCUCAAGCAGAGGUGGCAGAGGUGUACGAGCGUGUGCAGCGGCUUCAGCAGGCCACGCCGUGCAUCUGGUGGAAGGCCAUUAGUUACCACUAUGUGCGAAGGACCAGACAGGUGACACGCUACCGCAAUGGUGAUGCCUACACCACCACUCAAGUGUACCAUGAGCGCGUCAAUACACAUGCUGCAAGCUCAGAAUUUGACUAUGCGAGGCUCGGUGUUAAAGAUGUUUCAAAGGAACUAAGAGGCCUAAUGGAGCACCCAGCAGUGCGGCUGCGCUUUACAAAGUGCUUCAGUUUCUCAAGUGCCCGGGCAGAGGCUGCCUACCUCACACAAAGGGCACGCUUUUUUGGGGAAAACGAGGGCCUGGACGACUACAUGGAGGCACGGGAGGGAAUGCAUCUGAAGAAUGUGGAUUUUCGUGAGCACAUGCUGGCCUUUCCUGACCCUGCACGCCAGCCAUGGUACGCCCGCCGGAGGGUGUUCUGGCUUGCCUCGGCUAUACUUUUCUCCUGGCCACUUCGUGUAAUAGCAGAGUAUCGUACUGCAUACGUGCACUACCAUGUAGAGAAGCUGUUUGGUGAAGAAGAUGACAGCGGCAGAGGGGAUGGAAGUGAGAAUGGAGGGAUUAAUGAGAAUGGAAAUGGAGGAUGUAUUGGAUCAAGCUACCGUGCCAUCUCUCGGGUCAACACUGUCGACAUGACAGAGCUGGAAUGGCACAUUCGCUGCAAUCAGCAGAUGGUUCCCAGCUACUCAGAGGCUCUGCUGAUGGAUCCUGAAUCAGAUGGCAACCAGAGCACCAACCCUUCUGCAGCUGGGACAAACCCUACUGGAGGUGGACCUGCGCUGCCCGUGGCCUUCACCUCAGCCUACCUACUUCAAAGCUGCCCUCGCUGCCGUCGGUCUACAAGCAGUGCCUCACUCCCAUCUAGGCUUAGAGGCCCAACAGCUACCUUGUUGAGUGGCACUGUGGCUGGGAUGAGGGCUGGUGGAGCAGGUGGUGUCGCUGGAGGUCCUGGAAGGCUGGUUCUGAGCAGGAGCGGCUUUUCCCUGGGACGUCUUCAGGCCACACGGCCUAAUUCCCUGUUCCACUCCCGAAGCGUGGGUGGAGGACUAGGGGGAAGAGUAGAAGAAGCGAAUGGAGGAGCAGGUGGGGGUGGUGCUGGUGGAGGAGGGGGUGGUGGAGGUGGAGGGUUUCUGGGUUUGGGAUCGAGACAAGAUGAAGAGAGCAGAGGAGUACUAGAGGGUGAGGAAGAAGUGGAUGAGGAAGCAGAAGAAGAAGGAAAUGAGGAGACAAGGGAGGAGCACAGGGAGAGACAAGAUGAGGAGGUAGGAGAGCAACAUGAGGAAGGGGAAGGUGAGGAAGGGAGAGAGGGAGACCGAGAUCGACCUCCUCCAUAUCAGGAUGCUUUCUUUUUCCCUGUGUUAAUAGUGCAUGGAGAAGAAAGUUGUCAUUCAGGCGAGGACAUCUCUUAAUGAAAGUUUGACUCAAAAUUUGAGAACAUGGGUAGAGAAGGUUAAAGACAAUGGUAGUCUUGUUUUUUCCUCAUAGUGAAGAAACCAGUAGAACCAGAUAGACAAAGACUGUGUGGAGGAAAUUAAUUGGGGUUUACCCAUGUGGUACUUAAUGUUACAUCAUAUUUACCAUUGUGAAAAUAUUUUGACAGUGACACUGUCAUAUAAAGAUAUUUGUGCUACAAUGUCUUUGCAGAACAUUUGAAAGCAAUGGUACAUCAUAAUAAGAUCUAUAAAAGAUGCAUGAACCGACAGAGAAAAAAAAAGAAAAAGUGAUUAUUUAGAUAAACGUAGAAAAUUACUUUGAAAUAUUUUGAAAAUUAUGACUCAAGACAUCUAUGCAAGCCUGAGAGAAGCAGAUCCAAGCAAGAACAGAUACCUAAAAAUGCUAAAUGUUCUAAGAUGGUUAGACAUAAGAACAUGUACUGUUGGAUAUAAUUAAGCAGCAAAUCUCUCAGCAUGUCUUCCAGAGGUAAGGACAAGACGCAUCACAUGCACCAUAGGACCAAAAUUCUGUUUUUACAUAAUCAAGUUUAAUGUUGAUCAACAAACCAUUAAAUGAGAUUAGAUGCUCAUAUAUACAGUACUUUUCAAGUACAACCAAGUUAUGUUCCUUUUCAAAUGUAUCGCAGUCUUAUAGACUCAUGUGCAUGUAAUUUCAGUGAAUUAUUUAAUUCUAAUAAAAAUUAACAAUCACCCUUAAUAUAAAUACACUGUGAUAAGACAAAAGAGAAGCACCAUAAUCGUGUUUCUGACCUUCAUCUCUUCAGACUGUUAGCUCAGUGUGAGUUUUACAUCCUAAUCCACUCUUGCCUCCUCUGGAAGUAAACUCGCUUGCAUGUUGUUUGCUGAGUCCUUGUUGAAGCAAAUGUCCUAGUGUUGACAUUGCUUGGGGUUUAAUAGUCUUUCAAAUAUUUUUCAGGACUUGGUGUAUUUUGGUUCAUUGGGAAGAGUGCUCCUGUUGGAGGUCCAUAACUGAAAAAGACAUGUUUAGGACAUGAAAUGACAUAUUUUAAAGCUUGAGUUAGUACAUCGGAGAAGCAGAAACAUGUGGAGAGUGUUCUCCAUGCUAGAAGCUUUACUGCACUUCCUGCUUAUAGUGAAGCACAUGAGUCUUUUUGUGUUUUGGGUUAAUGUUCUGUGUUAAUAUAAUGCAUCACCAGUUUUGCCUCAUGAAGGGCUUUGCUCUGUUACAAUGCCUCACACUGACACACUGAAUUAUGGGAACUUGUGGUACAAUGCAGGGCUGCCAACUUUUACAAUUUGCUUUAAGUAAUGUUAGUGGAGGGGUGACGAGUUUGACGAGUCAAAAAUAAUUUGAGAAUUAUUGAACUUGAGAAUAAAUUAUAAUAUUAACAAUAAUAAUAUUAGUAAAAACUGAUAUGUCUUGCAACACAGUGCUGUUCACCUGCUUCUAAAUUAGGCAGCAGGUGUAUUGCUAGGUAUGUAGGUAUAGGGAGCAGGGCUCCUAGGCCUGAAGCUGCCUCUUAAGUGAGAAGAUAUUCAGUAACAAAUGCUAAAGUAGUCUGUUUCACUAUGUAUUAGUGCUGCAUUCUGGAUGAAUUUGUAUGUCUGAAUUUCCAAGUUCCAAAAAAAUGAACUAUACAGAAAGCCUCAUCAUUCAUUUUUCACCAAGAUCUUGCAGAAUUGAUGAUGGUAGAUUCUGACCGCUGCACAAAGCCUUCUCCAUCCAGCACAUCCCAAAGAUUCUCAAUGAGGUUAAGGUCUGAACUCUGUGGUGGAAAAACCAUGUGUAAAAAUAAUGAUCUCAUGCUCUCUGAACCACUCUUUCACAAUUCCAGCCCCAUGAAUCCUGACAUUCUCAUCUUGGAAGAAAAAAUCCAUUGAUGGAAUAACCUGGUCUAUAUUCAGUAUAUUCUGGUAGUCAGCUGACCUCAUUCUUUGAGAACAUACUGUUGCUGAACCUAGACCUGAACAACUGCAGCAACCUCACAUCAUUUACUUAGGUAAAUCCAGGUGGCUUUUUUUGGCCAGGCAGUGUAAAUAUAUUAUUUUUCAACUCUUUCUUUUGUUUCUUUUAUCAUUUUGAAAACCAGAUAUUUCUUUAGGAAGAUAAAAUGUGAUGCUUAACUAGCAUUCGUUCACAGUUCACAGCUAAAAAGGACUGAAGGACUUAACAAUUUAAUUAAACUAAACUUUAGGAAAGAUAAAGCCGCUUUCUGGAUGUUUACUUUCCCUAAAAAUGAGAGAAAAAAAUCUGUAGGUUUUUGAAACCCAAAACAAAAUUUAAUGACCGUAUGUAUGGUGUGACAGACUGAGAUUAGAACCAGUAGCUUGAGUCUCACUGGAAAUGUAUAAGAGUUGGCAGCCCUGUGGUGCUAGCAUACAGCAUGUUGCCUUUCAUUGUAGCCUCUGUAUUCUUCUUAUAUAAGCUUCAUUGUGUCACAUGAGCACACACUGGCAAAUCAAUAAUGGGAAAGUAGUGUUCUACGAUUCCUAAUUAUACAGUAUAUGCAUACUAUAAAUAUUUUGCAUCUCACACAGUUAUACCAAACAGCUUUAUUUUUGCACAGGUGCUUGUAAGCCAUAUAUAGCCACAUUAUAUAUGCCAAUAUACAUUCCACUGUCUAUUCUGAAGGAUUAUGUUUAUGUUGUAAAUCGGAUGCCUUCAUGUUUUCUGAUGGUUUUGUGGUUUUCUGUCUAAUGUUAUGUUACAAGCAUUUUAAAUAUACUGUAAUAUCUCUCUGUAAAUACUGUAUGUAAAAUUCAGACGUUAAUUUCACAAGAUCUGUAAUGGUGUUGGAUCAUUUGAAUCAGUGUUUGACUCAAAUGCAGUUCACUGUGUAAUGGUUUUAAACCUUAACAUCUGAACACUCACCCUUGUUUAAAGGAGAACUACGGUGUAAAAUGGACUUUAGGUGUAGUAAAACAUGAUAAAAAGUACUUUGAUGAAUAGCACACCUCCGUUCUCCCACAGUGUUCGGAGAUCCAGAAAUUUUAACAGUUUGUCCAAACACCUUUCAGACUGGGUGACAUGGGGCAUAAUUUGCCCCGAUAAAUUGCUUUUUCCACUGUUAUCCAGGCUCAAAGUAGCUCCACACCUCCUUGCUAGAAUCUGGAGCCCUGACAUUUAAACGAGGCAUUAAUAACUUAAAAAGUGCACAAGAAGCUUAUUAAAACCACUGUUUACAUCCUAUAACGCAAGCUUUAGCUCCGAGCGCCGCCAUUACUGAACUGAAAAUAACAUAGACAUACAUAUACAUAAGCUCCGCGUAGCAUAGCAGCCGGCGCCAGGAGGUAGGCUAUGCAGAGUCUAUGUGUGUAUAUAUAUAUAUAUAUAUAUAUAUAUAUAUAUAUAUAUAUAUAUAUAUAUAUAUAUAUAUAUAUAUAUAUGUCUGUUAUUUUCAGUUCAGUGAUGGUGACACUCUCCAGAUUCCUGCAAGGAGGUGUGGAGCUACUUUAAACCUGGAUAAUGGUGGAAAAAGUGAUUUAUCAGGGCAAAUUAUGCCCUCUGUCACCCAGUCUAAAGGGUGUUUGGACAAACUGUUAAAAUUUCUGAAUCUCUGAAUUCUGUGGGAGAACGGAGGUGUGCUAUUCAUUAAAGGUAAGUACUUUUAUCAUGUUUUACUACAUCAAAGGCCAUUUUACACCGGAGUUCUCCUUUAACACAUGGUCUAGAACAUGCCAAAGCCUAAAGAGCUCAUGUGCUCUAGUAAGAAAACACGCUUCCUAGUGCCGUUCAUAGCUUUCCACACCAAACAUUUACUUAUUUAUUAUUUAUUUAUUUGUUUGGUUAUUUAUUUAGAAAAGACAACAAAAAAUACAUGUUCCAGCAACAUUGUCAGAAUGUUAUGUGCUACCACUGGAAUGCUGACAGUGAUGUUUUUAUUGGUCAUGUGAUAUCAGGUUAAGAAUGUAUAGUCCACCACAAAUAUCUUGCUGUGCUGCUGUUUUUCCCAGUUAAAAUGCCUGUAAACUUACAAUAGACUAUAAAUAUGGAAAACAGCUCUCUGACCGAUUGAUACACAAGCAGGCUGUCAACUGAGUUUGAUUUUAAUGUAUGUGAAUUUUUAAAGGAGAAAUCCUUUCUUUCACAUUCUUUCCCCAAGGCUUUUAGGUAAAUCCUAAUGCUGUAAUUCUAACUUGCUUCUACGGCUGUGCAGAAACAGCAUUUUACAUUCCAAGAGAAUGUCCUGAAUGUCUUUAUUAUUGGAAACAGUAGAGUAAUAGAGAAAUGGAUUGUUAUUUUUUUAUUUUAGUUGGUUGUUUUAUAAUCAAUAUAAAGAGUGAUUAUGCACUUAUGCAGUAUGUUUCAUCUGAUUUGGGUGGCUGACAUAUACAAUGUGUCCCUUUAAAGCAGCUAAUCUCAAUCAGCAAGCAAACAACUACUUCAAUGCCUCAAGCAUCAAAUGAUGCACAUUCGUUCUAUUGUAGCAAUGACUCGUUGGUUUGAUAUGGACCUGUGUUUGGGGGUUAAUAUGAUCAGUAACGAUGAUCGCCAUGACAUGAUGAUACAUAAUAAAAUCACAGCUUGACUUAAAACACUUGCCUUA